AUGAGUAUAGUUAAAGAAGGAUACUUGUUUAAACAAGGUAGUAAAGUUUCUACCAAUUGGGUAAAGAGAUAUUAUAUCAUUCAAUCAAAUCUAUUAUUACGAUAUAAAAAGAAACCUGGAACCAAAAAUGUAUUACCAAAUUGGACAUUAGAUAUAACAAAUACAACGGUGGAUCAUGGAUCGGUCAUAAAAUAUUGUAUUUCCAUUACUACACGUGAUCUCAAAACUGUCUAUCUUUCAGCAGAGACGGCUCAAGAUGCAGUCGAUUGGAUUCUACAUUUAAAAAGAGCUUGUGCUACACCAAUGACAAAUAGUAAAAUGACAUUGGCUUCUGCUACAACCUUUACAUCGACUACAAAUACAUCAACCCCUUCUUCUUCUAAACCUGUUCCAUCCAUUCCUACACAGGUUUCAAUGAAACCAUUACCUCAACAACCAACUCCAACAGCUAUUGUUCAACCUUUACAUAAUCCAUAUAUGGUUCCAAUCACCACUAAUACUACUACCAUGUCUAAUGGAUCAACAAUAGUUCAUCCAUCUGUCAUUGUAACCAACAAUCAAACUCCAUUUUAUCCUUAUCAAACUCAUUUUAUUCCAAAACAACCUCAACAACCUCAACAACAACAAUAUCAAUAUCAAUAUCAACAACCACCACCUCCUCCUCAACAACAAUACCAAUAUCAACAACCUCAACAACAACAAUAUCAACAACCACCUCCACAACAGCAACAACAACCAUUUCAACAAUAUCCAAAUAAUAAUUAUGUAAACCAACAACAACAACAACAACAACAACAACAAGCCAAUAUAUUUAAUAAUAGUCAACAACAACAACAAUACCAACAAACAUUUUAUAAAUUAAAUAAUACCAAUACCAAUCAAUGUAAUAUAGUCAAUAACGGUGCAUCAUUAUCACCACCACCAUCAACCACAUCUUCAUCAUCUUCAACUUCAUCUUCUUCAUCUGUUUCUUCAUCCGUUUCACAACCUCAAUUGUAUCCAUCUUUGGAUGCCAACAAUAAUAAUCCUAAUAGUGGACAUAUGUAUCCUAAUAACAAUGGUAAUAAUAAUUAUUUAUCAACAGCACCAACAACAGUUUCAACUAAACAAGAAUCUAGAUAUGGUGAUUUUUCUCAAUACUAUAAUUUCCAAAGAUAA